AUGCCUCGUGUCACUGCGAAGGAGCAGCGGUAUCCUGGACCGCCGCAGUGGACGGAAGAGGAUAUCGCGGAUCAGAAGGGCAAGGUCUGCAUUGUCACCGGCAGCAACACAGGUAUCGGCUACGAAGUCGCGCGAAUCCUGUACGCGAAGAAUGCCAUGGUCUACGUGGCGGCGCGCAACGAGAUAAAGGGCCGCGAAGCGAUCCAGAGAAUCAGAGAGGCACAUCCGUCGUCCGCUGGGCGUCUGGAAUUCCUUCAGCUUGAUUUAGCCGAUCUCGAAGGGGUCAGAAAUGCCGCCUGUAGAUUCAAAGAUGCAGAGACGAAGCUGCACGUCUUGUUCAAUAAUGCUGGAGAAGUGAUGCAUUACACUAAAACAGCGCCGCACUGGAGACACCAACUUGCAGUCAAUUGCAUUGGACCCUUCCUUUUCACCAGACUGCUCAUGCCCAUCAUGGAGGAAACGGCGAAAUCGGCAGCAAAGAACUCGGUCCGGGUUGUGUGGGUGUCUUCAUCUGCAGCAGAGCUCGCGACGCCGCACCAUGGUGUUCCCAUGUGCAAAGGCAAAGCCAGCAGGGAUGCACACGGCUUUGAAGUCUCCAAAUAUGGUAUCACGAAGGCGGGAAAUUACUACCAUGCGACGCAGUUUGCACGCAAGUAUCGUCAUAAAGGGGUCAUCAGUGUGGCACUAAAUCCUGGGCACGUGAAAUCCAAUAUCCAUCGUCAUGUUUCCGCCACAUGGAAGCGACAUUUGAGGGGCAGAGUGUAUCCAACCGUUUGCGGCGCAUACACUGAGUUGUUUGCUGGUGUUUCUGAUCAGGUGACUCUGGCCAAGACUGGAUGCUGGAUCGUCCCCUGGGGCCGAUUCACCGGGAUCCGGGACGACUUGUGGAAAGGUGCCUGGCCAAAGGAGGAACUAGGCGAUGGCGUGGCUGAAAGGUUCUGGACGUGGACUGAGAACCAGAUC